AUGUGUAUUAAUUUUGAAUUCCACGGGCGGUACAGAUUCACGUUAGUGGACCAUACAGACCACACAUUCCUGCUCCAAACCCAGGGCAUCAAUGACCGUAUCAAGAAUCCAGUCUAUGUUGACGGAGACAGUGAAUUUGGAGAAUACCCAUGGCAAGUUGCAAUCUUAAAGAAAGAUCCCAAAGAAAGCGUGUACGUUUGUGGUGGUACACUGAUCGACUCCCUUCACAUCAUUACUGCGGCUCACUGCGUUAAAAGUUACACCCCUCAUGACUUGAGAAUCGAAAGAGAUGUUUCGCUGGUUCAGGUCCAUCCUGAAUUCUACGCUGGAACGCUUUACAACGACUUGGCUAUUCUACGAAUGGACAAACCGGUAGACUGGACCAAACACCCACACAUCAGCCCUGCCUGUUUGCCAAAUCCACACGACGACUACACCACAGGCACAAGAUGUUGGACCACCGGCUGGGGAAAAGAUGCCUUUGGAGACUUUGGCAAAUACCAAAACAUUCUUAAGGAGGUCGACGUGCCAAUUAUUAAUCACGGCAUUUGUGAGAGACAAAUGAAACAAACCAGAUUGGGAUACGACUUCCAACUGCACCCAGGAUUUAUUUGCGCCGGUGGCGAAGAAGGCGAAGAUGCUUGCAAAGGAGACGGAGGUGGUCCGAUGGUUUGUGAACGUGGAGGUACCUGGCAAGUUGUUGGUGUUGUCAGUUGGGCUAUUGGCUGUGGUCAACCAAGCGUUCCUGGAGUGUACGUUAAAGUUGCUUACUAUCUCGACUGGAUCAGGCAAAUCACUCAGUGA